AUGCCAAAGAGAACGUCGUACGAGCGCUCUGAACUCGGCCACACAUCGAUUAAACGGGCAAAGCAAGUCGAUGAAAAUCUCCCGUACGACCAGGUCCAGGAAGCACUGGGCGCACAAGAUGAAGUCAAAGACGUGACAAAGGUUGCUCACUGGUUUCAUCCCAAGGAUCUCCGCAUUCAAGACAACACCGCACUACACCAUGCUUCUGAACUUGCUCAGAGCGCAACGAAACCUUUGAUAUGCUUUUACGUCGAUUGCCCUGCGGACGAAUCAUGGCAUGGAACAAGCCCUGCGAGGGUAGACUUCAUGUGCGAGGGGUUAAAGAUUAUGCAGAAAGAGCUCAAGGAACUGAACAUACCGCUAGUUUUUAUCGAGUGCCAUGACAGGAAGAAGAUUGUAGAAACAGCUGUGGAAUGGCUUAAGAAACAACGAGUCUCCCAUGUCUUUGGCAACUACGAAUACGAGAUUGACGAGAUGCGCCGGGAUCUCAAGCUCAUCAAGACUUCCGGCUCUGAUAUUCAGGUCUCUUUGUAUCACGACCAAACCGUUGUGGAGCCUGGUACCAUGGUCACAGGUGCCGGGACACCAAUGAAGGUCUUUACACCGUAUCACAAAGCCUGGCUCAACAGACUGCGAAAUGAACCCGAGCUUCUUGAUACGCACCCUGCACCCGCCGCUAACUCUCCGUCUAUGAAGAAAGACCUCAAAGAUCUUUUUGACACACCGGCGCCUAAACCGGCCAAGGACAAGCAGUUUGAGUCGGAAGAAGACAAGAAGAGGAUACGAAAGUUAUGGCCUGCCGGUCAUACUGAAGCAGCAAAACGCAUGGACAAGUUCCUCAAGCAAAUUGAUCACUAUGCUUCUACACGUUCCAACCCCGCCGCAAACAGUACGUCGCGCAUGUCGGCCUACUUUAGCGCAGGCAUGUUCUCAGUGCGCGAAGCCCUCCGCAAAGUCGUCGACUACAACCGCGGCAGCACCGACUUCACAGAAUCCAAGGCCUCGAGCGGAGUGUAUGGCUGGGUGCGUGAAAUCGUAUUUCGCGAGCUAUACCGCCAAACCACCAUGACCACACCGCACACAUCGAUGAAUCUCCCUCAGAACCUAAAAUUUGACGCCGUGCAAUGGGAGGACGACAAGGAGGGCUGGGAAAAAUGGUACAAGGGACAGACGGGCGAGCCUUUCAUCGACGCAGGCAUGCGCCAACUCAACGCAGAAGCCUAUAUGCAUAACCGGCUCCGCAUGAACGUCUCGUCAUAUCUAUACUGCAACCUUCUGCUCGACUACCGACGCGGCGAGCGCUACUUUGCGGAAACGCUAAUAGACUGGGAUCUCUCUAAUAACACACAGGGCUGGGAGCCCUCAUAUACCGUCUUCAACCCCGUGUCUCAAGCCGAGCGCAACGACCCUGAUGGCGACUAUAUCAGGAAGUGGGUGCCUGAGCUCAAGAAUGUCAAGGGCAAAGCUGUGUUUGCGCCUUAUGCGCGCUUAUCAGAGGAAGAGUUUGAGAAGUUGGCGUAUCCGAAACCGCACGUGGAUUGGAAGGAGACCAAGGCCAGGGCCAUUGAUAGGUUUAAGAAGGGGUUAAAGGAGGCAGAUGUCUAG